AUGACGGCAGAGGAGGGAGGGGGAGGAGAGGCCAGGCGUGGAGAAGAAGGAGCGGAGGUGGUGAAGGAAGAAGGGGAGGCCGAUAGUAAAAGCCAUGAUGCCGACGAGGUGGCAGGUGGGAUGGGGAUCGAUCGAGGUGGCAAGUGGAGUCGGAUUGCAAUGUUGUGCAAAACCUUAAGUGAAAUCAGGCCAGGGAAGGAAUUAUGGAAAAUAACAGCAAGGAUAACAAGACUAUGGGAUGCAAUCUUGCGCAGCAGCGGUGAAAUUUUAAGUAUUGACAUGAUACUUAUUGACGAAAAGGGGACCAUGGUGCACGGAGUUAUCAAUAAGGCAUAUAUUCAAAAAUUCAAAACAUUGAUUCAAGAAGAUAAUGUGUAUGUCAUAGCGAAUGUUAGAGUCACACCAGCAGCAAAAACAUAUAGAUCAGUGGAAAACGACAAGGUAGUGAACUUUUUGCCCACAACUACUAUACAAAAGAUCAAAGAUACAGAUGACAUUCCAAAGUAUAGUUUCAAGUUUUGCAACAUAGAUAUGCUUUCUAAAAGAAUUAACAUCGACACUUACCUCUCAGAUGUUAUAGGAAUUGCAGCAUACAUCGGACUAGUUGAAGAAACCAGGACACAGUUUGGAGUAUCAAAAAUCCGUGAUAUUGUGCUUCUAAUCGAAUCAUGA